AUGAAGUGGCUUGAUAGCUUCAAAGCGGCCAUCCCUGGUCUGCUUGCUUCACCAGGAGCAGACAAUACGGACACGUCGCAGUCUGUCUUGGUUGACGAUGCCGCGAGCAAUGUGAGACAGGUUGCUAUUAUAGGUGCGGGUGCUGCCGGCUCUUCCGCUGCGUAUCACUUAUCGAAGUAUGCCUCUGAAGCUGGAGUAGAAUUAAACAUAACUGUUUAUGAGAAGACGGACCGCAUCGGUGGCCGGACUCUGACGGUCGAUGCUUACGGCAUCCCCUCGGAGCCUGUCGAGGUUGGAGCCAGUAUUUUCGUCGACGUUAAUAAGAUUUUGUGGAAUGCUAGCCAGGACUUCGAUUUGGAUCUCCGGGACCCCUAUGGCGACGCCGAUCGACUGACCGUGAUCUGGGAUGGCGACAACUUUGUGUACGAGUCUGCCUCCAGCACCUCAUGGUGGUGGGAUAUAACGAAGCUACUAUGGAAGUAUGGCACGUCACCGUAUAAAGCACAGAAGCUUAUGCAGUCGACCGUGGCCACGUUCCUCAAGCUAUACGAGGAGCCAUAUUUCCCCUUCAGAUCGUUGAGCACGCGGGCGUUUGAGUUGGAUCUGGUGAAGGUCACCAGCGUGACUGGGGAGCAAUAUUUGGCCGACAACGGCAUCUCUGCGGCAUUCUCACAUGACAUUGUCGAGGCGGCCACGAGGGUCAACUACGCAUCUAACCUCGACUCCAUCCAUGGUCUUGAUACGAUGGUCUCUAUGGCGCCCGAGGGAGCCAAGGCAGUGGUCGGUGGCAACUGGAAGAUUUUCGAACGGAUGGUUGCAAAGUCGGGAGCUCACCUCUACCUGAACACCUCAGUCUCUUCCAUCUCUGUGGGAACGAAGCCGGGAGCGGCAAACCCCAAAUACUUGGUCAACGGCGGCUCGGCUGGCGUCGCUUUCGACAAUGUUGUCCUUGCCACACCAUACCAGUUCAGCGACAUCAAGACCUCCGACGACGUCCUCCAGACCGCCAUCGACGAGAUUCCCUAUGUGAAGCUAUACGUCACGCUGUUCGCCUCUCCCUUCCAGCUGAGCGCCGAGUAUCUCGGUCUCAAGCCUGGCGCCCAGGUCCCUACGAGCGUCCUCACCGCUUUCGCCAAGGCUGCCGACGGCAGCUCGGGCCUCGAGGGCGCAGGCAAGACGGGAUUUUUUUCCAUCAGUACUCUACGUUCCAUCACCAACCCAUCGACCGGCAAGACGGAAUAUCUGUACAAGAUCUUCUCGCCCAUGGAGGUCACAUCCGAGUUCCUCUCCUCUGUCCUGGGUGUCGAGGUCCCUAAGACGCUCACUGGCGCGGCCCCUGCAGCUACACCUGCUGGAGACAACGAUACAGUUGUCGUGGAGCCAGUCUCGUGGCUGCACAAGCAUGUUUUUCACUCUUACCCCAAGGCCCUGCCGCGGGUCACGUUCCAGGAUCCUAUCGUUGGCAACGGAGUCUACUAUACGUCUGGUAUGGAAGGCUUCAUCUCAACAAUGGAAACGAAUGCUCUUAUGGGCAAGAAUGUGGCCAGGCUAAUUGUGGAUGACGCAUUGGGCCUGAGCACAGGGCAUGCGGUGACUGAGGAGAAGGAGACGGAGAGCAUGGAAGCGGACGAGACUGUUAUGGUUGCGGAGAAGCAGACAGAGGUGAAGAGUGAGGAGUCGCAUGUGGCUGCUGAAGAGCUGUAG